GGGACGCGGAGUGUGGCUCGAGCCGGUCUCGAGCCAAGCGGGGAAAGGGCGCGGAACUGCGGCCGCUCGCGGCCAUGACUGGCAUUCUGUGCGAUUGGCUGAAUCGGGAAGUGAAGCUCUCGCGGACAGUGGAUGCAGAAUCUUUCGCCCAAGAAUUUUCCUCUGGCUAUCUCAUCGGAGAACUUCUAAACAAGUAUGAACUUCAGGAAGAUUUUGAUCAGUUUUCACAAAGCAGGCUUGCCAAUGCAAAACUUAACAACUUUUCUCGCAUGGAGCCAACCCUUCAACUUCUGGGUGUACAGUUUGACCAAAAUGUAGCCCGAAACAUCAUGACAGAGCAGCAUGGAGCUGCUAUUAAACUUGUGUACCAAUUGUAUGUGGCCCUAGAGAAAAAGAAAAAAGCAGGGCUCACUGGAGUUGCCAUGGAUGCAAUGCGACCUUCAGCUCAUGCAAAGCUUAAAAGUGUAGGAACUGAAAUAUAUCGUGAGCGACUCAAAACACUAGUACCACGCCAGGCAGACCUCUCACUCCAGCAGAUUUCAGACAGCUUUCAAAACAAAGCCAAGAUCCUGGAAAGUAAGAUAGUUGGCAUGCAAUUAGUGAAACAACAGCAAGCCAAACAGAUCCAGGAGGAAAAAAAGGUUGAAGAGCUUGAAAGGAAAAUGGUAGAAAAACGCAGGCAGAAUGAAAUCAUGGCCAAGAUUCAAGCAGCAGUUAUCCAAAUUCCAAAACCGUUGCCACAGCAUACUGACAAAGCGAUUGAAGACCAAAAGCUGCAGAAGAAGAAGAAGGAAGCCGACAUCACAUACACUGAAAUUAGGAACUUCGAAAAACAAAUGAGGAAAGAGGCUGUUAUGCCUGCCAAACUCACAGAAAGUAUGAUGAAUGCGAUAAAGCAGGCACAAGAACUAGCUACAGCAAAACCAGCCAUUACUGACCUACUGAACACCUAUUCAGAUGAUGAAUAUAUUAGGAAAAUUCAGAAACGUCUUGAGGAGGAUACCUUUGCUCGAGAACAACGGGAGAAAAGAAGGCGAAAGAUGUUAAGGGAGCAACUCAUAGCUCAUGAAGCACAAGAAGAGGCCUAUAGAGAAGAGCAGCUUAUCAACCGACUUAUGAGACAGUCCCAGCAAGAGCGGAGAAUAGCUGUUCAACUUAUGCAUGUGAGGCAUGAGAAAGAAGUCCUGUGGCAAAACAGAAUUUACAGAGAAAAGCAGUUUGAGGAAAGACGCCUCAAGGAAUUUCAAGAAGCUCUUGAUAGGGAGGAGGCCCUUGCAAAACAAGAAAAAAUUGAACUUGCAGAACAGACCCUUAGAGAAAAACAACUGCAUGAAAAACUUGCUGCUGAAAGAGCUGAAGCUCGCUAUAAGAAGCAUUAUGAAAUUUGCUGGGAAGUAGUUGAACAAAUCAUUGAUUUAGCAACUAAAAUAGGAGAAUAUAGAACACUGACAAAUAAUUUAAUUCCUGCAAAGCUAAUGCGUGACUGGAAGGAAAUUUUCUUAAAAGGAAAGCCAAUUUAUGAGCAAGCUGACAUCAGCGAUUUGCCAGCUGAGCCAACUCCAGAACAAUUAAUAGAACUGGACAAAAUUAAUUUGCUAGAUGAGAAAGAUUAUGAUGACUAUAAGGCUAUGAUUGAGGAGUGGUACCCUCCUGAAGAGAUCAGAAUAAAUAAACCACCUCCUGAUAAUGUAAUAUUGGGUCAUGUGAUUCACAGAUUGAUGGAACUAGUACAUCCCCCAGAACCUGAACCACCACCAUCUAUAUUUUCUCCAUUUCCUAUGAAAGGUUGCAUUUUGGGAAAGCCCUAUAGUGGAAAAACCACCUGCUUAAACUUCUUAGAAAAAGUUUUUAAUAUCCAGGUCCUAUCUCUGGAUGCAUUGAUUGCAGAGGCAAUUAAAUCCUUCCAUGAAAAUGAAAUGGCGAUUGAAAGCCUAUUUCCAGCCACAAUAGAAGACUCUUCCUUGAAUCAACUACAUGUUCUGAAAGAGGCUUCUAAGGCUUCACUGAUAGUAUUGAAAACUUAUGAGUCAGCAGAACAGAACACAGAAAUUUCAGAGGAGCGCAAAGAAAUUAUUGAGAAACCAAGCUCUGCUGUGAUGGUUGACCAAAUGGAGAUAAGUGAGAAUGAGGAUGAAUUAACCAAACUUUCUAUUCGUGCUCAGCUUGGUGCAGGAGCAGAGACAUUGUUAAAGAAAGGAAAAAAGAUUCCAGAUGAAUUACUAGUUGGCAUCAUGGUGGAAGCUAUUAGUCGGCUACAGCCAGAAAAGGGUUGGAUCAUGGAUGGAUUCCCAAUGACACUGAAUCAGGCUAAACUGCUUGAAAAAGCAUUGACCGGACGAGAUCCAGACCAGACAGAAACUAAUAUAAUAAACUUGAAAAAGCCCACACUGGUUAUAGACCCUGCAGCUCCAAAAGAGCCCCCUGUGCAUCCACCUGGUCUUGACUUUGCUAUUUUGUUAGAUGUUACAGACUCCAUUGUGAUGAAUCGGGUAGCAAAGGAGAAGGCUGACUCCUAUGAAAGAGAACACAAAACUACUGCUCAUAUUUUAGGAACAGAAAUCCAGCAAAGAGAGGAAUUAAAAUCAGUGUGGGGUCAGAUGCAGCACAGAAUUACAGGUUUCCUGGAUACUUGGCCUCCGUUGGAAACUUGGUAUUCUGAACAGCAAAAUAUACUUACAAAAGUCACUGCAGAUAUUGAGGAAGGUCUUAUGUGUCAAAGGAUAAAAGAAAUUAUAACAGGAGAACUCAUCAAGAUCCAAGCUAAAGGAAAAGAAAAGGAAAAGUUAGAAGCUGAAAAACAAAAGGCAGCCAUCCUCCUUUUGCCAGAAGAAUCAUUCAUAGAAAAGAUGGAGGAAGCAGCCUCAUUGCCAGAAUCACAGGAGCCGCCACAUCCACCUCCAUCCCCUGAAACUAAAGCAACUAAAGAGACUACUCCAUCAGAGUUACCUGCUAAAGGUAAAAAGGGAAAGAAAGAUGAAACAGUCAAAGGAAAAGAAUCAGGAGCUAAAUCAGGAACUCCACGAGGAAGAGGACAGGCAUCUUCCCCUGAAGACAUGUUGCCUGCUGAUACCAUUGAACCACCUCCAAUCAAACCUGGGUCAAGCGAAUGGAUUUACCGUGAUGAUCCAUUACCCCAAGAAGUGGCAGAAUUCUUAGCUCCUUACUGGGAAGCAAUAGAGAAAACAUAUGUCAAUAACAUCAAAGCAACACUUCGAUGCCUCAGAGAUGAGCAACAUGUUAUUAUUCAUUACCUGUCAGACAUAAGAAACCAUUUCAAGGACUAUUUGAAGCGUCCAGACCACAAGCAGGAAUUUGUGACUCAGUGGCAAGUUGAUUAUAAUUCAGUGACUGAUGACUUAUGGGAUGAUGAUGAGACAAAAGAAGAACUGCAUCAAAGAGUGACUGAUUUAAGGGAUCGUUUGUGGGAUAUCUGUGAAAACAGGAGAGAUGAAGCUGAGCAAGAACGUUGUGAUAUCAUGAACGAUGGCUGGUUGCCAGACCGAAUUGGGCUUCUGAUGAACCACAUCUUCUCACUUAUGCAGAAUGAAAUGGACCGUUUCCAAGAUACCAAAAAACUUCUGCAUGACUAUUAUAGAGCAAUGGAAGGCAAAAUUCCAACAGACACAAGUUCCGACUUUACCAGAAUACCAUUGAUAGAUCUUACGGAAAGAAAACUAUCUCUGGAAGAGAGCAAGAUGAAAAUAAUACCUAUGAUUGCUCACAGAUCUCCUUCACCAGAAGUUAACAGAGAAAGGAUCAAAUUGAUUCCAGUUAAACUCAAGGACGAUCUGUUUACAGAAAGUGUAAUAUUUAAUUUCGGCCCAGAUGAGAAACUGCUCACAGAGACAUGGCAUCAUAUUGUAACAACUAUAUCUUCCAUGGUGAGUUCUGAAAUACAGUCAAAAGAAGCGGAAGAGGAGAAGGAACGGCUUCAGGAGGAAAUGAAGGAAAAAGAGCGCCUCAAAUCUUCGCAAACGGUUGCUGGCAAAGGUGGAAAGGAAGGGAAAGGGAAAGGAGGAAAAGGCGAAAAGGAAGCAAAAGGUGGGAAAGAAGCAAAAGAUGGGAAAGACGUCAAAGAAAAGGACAGCAAAGAUGCCAAAAAAGGAAAAAAGAAAGGUGCACAUAGUCCAUCUACCACUGAAGUAAUAGCAAUUCCUUUAUCUCCAGAAGAAUUAAAGAAGCAAGAACUGAAGCUUAAAAUGAAACAGGAAUAUUUUGCUGCACUGGAGCAUGAAGCGGAGGCUGCAAAAUCUCGUCUUGAGCUGUUAAAAGUUAAAGGAUUAGCCUUCCUGGAUGAUCUACAAUCAAAGGCAGAAGAAACAUACAGAAAUAUGGAAAAAUGGCUUGGAGAGAGAUUUCUGGCUGAAAUGGCUAGUGUGGAUAAAUUAAUUGGGGUUGCCCGCAAUCGUAUUGAAGCUUCUUCCAGAAUUCAGUUUGAGUUAGUCCUGGAAGGGGUAGAUUUCUACGUUAAUGGUGAUAUAAAAAUAUUUGAAGAUCCUCCUCUUCCACAUCGUCCCCCAUCUGUGGAGACUGCUUCAAACAGUACACUCACUAUUUCACAGCUUACUACUCUUCAUAAGCAGUUUCUACAGGUGGCACCUAAAGCCAUAGCAGCACUGAAGCAAUUUAAAAGCAAGAAUGUAACUCCAAGCAAACAAAACUAUUCAAAGAAGAAUCAUCAGUUUCCAAACAUCUGGAUGUUGAAGUACACAUGGUUAAAAUAUGACAGUAACAAGGGCAUUAUGUACUGUGCUCUGUGUCGGAAACAUAAUGUAGACUUAGGGGAAAAGACACACAAUUUUUGCUCUGGGACUGAUGACUUUAUUCUUGAAUUAGUUGAUGACCACCAUAACAGUGAAGCUCAUGCAUGGGCUUCCUGUAUGGAAGCAGCUAGUAGUUCUACUCCAGACACAGAUACCACUCAGCAGAUGUUAAAGAACAUGAGUAAAACAACUUUGGGAAAAAUUGAAAAUCUCUUUAGAACGUGCCAUGCCAUAGCCAAAACUGGGCGCCCCUUCACAGACCUGGACUGGAUAAGUAAACUGGAUGAUAUGAAGGGGGUGGACAUUGGUUCAAUAUUUAGAAAUGACAAAGCAGCAAGAAUUUUUAUUCAUUUUAUUGCUGAAGUGGAAAGAAGAGCCUUGAAAGAGAAAUUAGAAAAAUGCAAGUUCUUCUCUCUCAUUAGUGAUGGCAUUACAGACAGUGGAACAACAGAAGCAGCCCUUGUAUAUAUACAGUUUGCACAUCAAGGGAAAAUCCAUUGCCAGAUUGUUGGAAUUCAGUCCGUAGUCAUGUAUGAUGCUUUGACAGUGAAAAAUGCCAUUUUGAAAACCUUACAAACCAAUCUGAAGGUCAAUUUGCCAAACCAUGACUGGGCAAGAAAACUGGUUGGCUUUGGCAGUGAUGGUAGAGAUGUUAUGGUAGGAGAAAAUGGAGUAGCUAAACUAUUGAAGGAUAUACAACCAUGUAUUCAGAGCAUUCAUUGCCUUGUGCACCGUCUUGAAAUGGCCUACAAGAUAGUACUGAAGAAUAAUCCACUAUUCAAUAUACUUGUGGAUUUAUUAAAAAACUUGUACUAUUUUUAUCAUGACUCUCCAAUGAAUAAGAACAACCUUAAGCUAAUUUAUGAAGCUCGUAAAGUGACACCAGUGAUUCCUUCUCAAAUUGGUGGCUCUCAAUGGUUUCUUCGCUUACAGACAGCUCUUCAGAUCCUUCUGAAAGGUUACCCAGCAAUUGUCCUACACCUGAAUAAGAUGGGAGAAGAAUCAGGUUCCUCAAAUCAACAGAAAGCCAAAGAUCUCUUGAAGUUGCUUCUAAAAACAGACAUAGUUAAAUUUUCUCACUUUUUAUUAGAUGUCAUUAAUGUCCUCAACAUUCUGUCUCGUGUUGCCCACAAUCCAAACACUUCCAUUGCAGAUGUUUUUGCUACGAUUCAGUCAACAUUGGAGAUACUCCAAAUGUAUCAAAAAAGAUCAGGGCCGCGAGAACGUCUGGUAGAGACAAUCACAUAUUUACAUGGUUACCCACUUGUGGGAGAUGGAAAUAUUUCAGCAACUCGAUUAGAAUUAUUAAGUAGUCUCUUGAACCAGCUGCAAGAUUGUUUUUGUGAUGCUAGUGAAGAUGUUUUGAUCGCAAGCGCCAUUGGAAGCUUUAAGCUGUGGCCAGACAAAUUCAAACAAGAAUUUGGUGAGACGGAAGUAUCUCUAUUGAUUCAGCAUUAUGAGCCAGUCCUAGAAUGGGCCAAAGUGAAAGUGGAUGAAAUUGAAACUGAAUGGAAUAUGCUAAAAGCAGAGCUAUAUAAUAGAUAUGAAAACAUCCGGAGCUUAACAUGGGAUUUGGUAAACAAAGAUUUUUUUCAUAAAUAUCCGAAUGUCUUGGCCCUUAUCGAUCUUCUCUUGACAUUGCCAGCAAGUUCCAGCGAAGCAGCACGAGGCUUUGGUCAAAUGAAGCUGACAAUGAUGAGGCUACGUUCAAAACUCAUGUUUGAAAGUUUAAUACCAAGUAAAACAUUCAUAGAUAUUUUGUUUGAUUUGAUUACUUUGAAUCUUGGGUCCAAUAUGCUUCCUGAUGCCUGGCUGCAUCUCUCCAUGUAUGAUUUGCAGAGCCUAUCAUUAUUCCUACUUGUGAAUUUGGACACAGUGGACUGGCGCAGAUUCCUACAUGCAGCUUCCCAACCUUGGCCUAUUCCCACUGUAAUGGAACUGCUCGAAACACUACAAAGAUUUCAGGAUGUGGAUACUGAAGGAUCUGGAUUUGUCACCCAGGAAGAAUAUGAUCAGGUUGGUCUGUGGUUUAAAGACAGUGAAGAUUUAGCCAUACCUGAAAGUCCUACAGAGCCUUUACCGUUUAACCAUCAGAAGCAUCUCAUAGAAUUUUUGUUCACUUUAUUUGCUGAUCCUGAAAAAGACCCUCCUCAACUGAACUACACUACGAUGCUGCUCUACUUUGCCUCUCACCCUGAUGCUAUAAAUGGUGUCUAUCGAGCUCUUAGUGUCGCAACAGGGACAUAUAUUCAAAGGAAGAGGGAGAAACACUUUUCUCUUCCUCAAAUGUUUAUAACAUCUGCUGAGCAGCUCAUAACCACUGCUGCUCAUGAUGAACAGGCAGAGGAGGAGGCUGGUGAAGAAGGGGAGGAAGAAGAAGAGGAAGAGAAGGAAGAGAAGGAGAAAGAAGAUGAAGCCCUGUCUAUCGGCAAAGAUGGAUACAUCUCUCUGGCUACACUUCUCCAUGUAUUCCAGUAUGAAACAAACAAAGCUUUUGACAAUCACAGAUUUAGUAGUCAUCUGACAGAAGAGGACAAUUAUGAGCAUUUCAUUAAGGUGUACAAGGAUCUUGGCUCUGAAGAGCUGCAGCCCAUCAAAAUUGAACUCCUUUUGAAGCACCCCUUCAUUCAAGACUUAAUUAGUAACUACCAGGGGUACAAACUUCCUGAUUUUAAAAUGAUUCUGCAGAGAGCAAUCCAAAUUCAACCAUUUAAUGGAGAUAACAUCAUAUUAUAAAGAAGUUAUCAUUAGAGGAGGGGCGGGGGAAGGAAAUCUACAACUGUUUUUCAGCACAACAGAAGUAUUUCCCAAAUGUCCUAGAUGUUGGGUUAAUUCUUACUCAUUUGUAGAGUUGUGUCUUUUAAUUAGAAUAAAAACGGCUUUGUGUGCAUUCUCUUUUAAAUAAACAUGGAUUUAAUUGAAACCA